UAAUAGUGAUGAUGAAGAGCUUGAUAUUAAUGUUGCAAAUAUUUUAAAUUUACCUCAUCCUGCUAGAGAUCAAAAUUCUAAAUGGAAACUCCAAGAUAUUUUUAUUGAGAGUUUAGGAAAACCUAAUUAUUUGUCAACUUUUAUAUUAG